AGUAAUUAUUCUUUUAAUUUGUGCAGGUAUUGCAGGCUGUGAUGCGGAACGAUGCUAAUCCAAAGCUGGCCUUUGGCGUUGACAUAUGGAGCGUGGGUUGUACAGUUGUCGAGAUGCUGACCGGGAAACCUCCUUGGAGUGAGUUUAACGGGGUGCAAGCCAUGUUCAACGUGUUGAACAAGUCGCCACCCAUACCAGAAACAUUGUCUAAUGAAGGGAAGGAUUUCCUUAGAAGUUGCUUUCAGAGAAGACCUGCAGAUCGACCUUCAGCUACUAAGUUGCUUGAACACCCUUUCUUACGAAGUUCACAAGAUCAAAAUGUUGGAGGAUUUGUGCAAGAAUUUUCUGGAAUGAAAUUACUCGAUGCUCAACACUGCCCAAGUGACCGGAAUAAAGGGAAAAAGGACGUGAUGCCACAUUCUUCAGCAUCGAGGAUCCAGCAUGGAAAAGUUCCAAUAAAUGCUGAAACAAGUCCACAAUCUCAUCCAGAGUCAUCAGGCCAUGGGAUAAAAUUUCAGCACUCACCUCGUUCUACACUUGAAGUCCUUCCUACGGUAGCUUCACCAGAUCUCAGUCGUGGCUCAUAUAAUACUAGCCCUUCAAAUGUUCCAAAUAGUUUGUUCUCAGGAACUGGAAUAAACAGUCCUUAUGCCGUGUUGAGGACUCAUGGACGGGACCUCCCAUUCGUGUAAGACUACGGAGGGAAAUAAAAAUAUAACUAUAAGUCCGUUGUACAGCCAAGAAAAUACGACUUCAUUUAUUUUUUAAUUUGCUUCGAGUUCUAUUCAUUAAGUUGCUCCUGCAUUAGUGGGAUUGUAUUCUGUGUAAUUUUGCUACAGACCCCAUGCGACUUUUCACCUCUGUAGGCUCACGUGUGGAUUUUUUUUUCCUCCUAGCUCUCGCAGAAUAGCUGACAAGAAAAUCUACUGUUAAGGAUUUUUUUGAUCUUAGAUAUGAUCGACAGACUCGUAAGACAAUUUGGUUGAUCAUGUAAAUAUUGAAGUUUCUGCCUGCUUUCUGCAGUGAACCAUUUGAACAUUUUUUUGCUGGAAAUUACUAGUCUUGAUUUGCAGUUUCA